AUUGCAUUCUUUGGGGGCCAAAUUUAGUCCGAGAUCGUGUAUUUUAUUCCGCGCGGAAUAAAAGGGUCUAGGCUGCACUUUCUAGUGUUCAAAUAUAAAAGGACUGCACUAACCACACUCCGAAAAUCAUAACCUCAAGUACGACUCUACGCAGAUACCCUUAAUCAGGUCCUCAACUUAAAAGCAGAUACCAUCACCCCACAAACACAUCCACACCAAUGACUUGUAACAUGUCCUAUACAAUCCAACCGUCGCCCUCCUCAGACGUGCGAGAAUGUCUCGCCGUCUCUGAAAAGUCAUAUGCCGGAUUCCACAGUGCACUCUAUCAUACCUUGCCCCUGUCCCCCGAGUCCAUUGAUAUCAUGGUCCGUGUCCGCGAGGAAGCCAUGGACAAGGACCCGCAAUGCCGGGCUUACAAGGCCGUGGACUCCGAGACUGGCGCUAUUAUCGGCGUCGCAAAAUGGAGCGUGUAUCCCGAGGGAGUUGUGAUUGAUAAGACUGUGGAAGAAGUCGUCGAGGCAAGACUCACGCCUCGGAUUCCAGAGAUGCGGGAAGACGUGGCGAGGGGGCUUCAUUCGCUCAUGAAUCGAGAGAUGAGGCAGAUUAUGGCGGAGCGGAAUGAGGGGGAGGUAGGGAAUGAGAAUGGGGAUGGAGAAGUCAGGAAGCUCACGCCUCAUGUGCAUGUCGACGCGCUGUUUACGCAUCCGGAUCAUCAGCGCAAAGGCAUCGGGAAGGCUCUCUUGCAGACGUGUCUGAGGGAGGCGAAUGAGCUGGGGCUUGUCACUUUUCUGGAGGCGACGGAAGAUGGGAGGCCGCUUUAUGAAAAGUCGGGGUUUAAGGUUUUGAAGGAGUGCGUGUUUGAUGCGGAGAAGUUUGGUGGUUUUGGAGGGCACGAGGUUACGUAUAUGAAGAAGUUGCCGGAGAAAGUCUCGUCCAAUACUUCGGAAUGAGAUCGAAUUCUAGACCUGAUUGGCUCAUAUCAGAGUUUAAAUUAGCUUCUAUAUCAUGUGUUCUGGUUUUAUGUACCUGUGAAUAGAUUUAUAUUUAGCGUCACAUUGUUUGCCGAAUGAAUACAUCAGCUUAGUCUCAG